GUUUCGGCCCAGCUCUCGCAGCCCUCCCCCUCCCCUCCCCUGCGCGUGGCACUUCUCGGCGGGGGCGGCGACCUCGGCAAUGCUGGCGCUCCUGCAUCUGCUACGCUGGCGGGCUGGACAUCUAGGGCCGAGGCGUCUCGCGCGGGCGCCGAACUCAAGGAGCUGGUCGAGAAGGAGCUGCCCGGUGCUGCAGGUCGCGCGGGUGCUUGGCGCGCGCUGCGCUGCCGUCGCGACGCGCGCGCGUUGCUGGAGGCACAGCCGCCGCGUGGCUUGACUGGCGUGCCAGCGGAGUUGGAGGCUUUCCGCGAGUUCGACGCAGCCGUGAGGUCCGCGUGCCGGAGAGUCGAGGCACGCAUGGCCCGCGCGGCGCAGGGCAUCCCCAUCAAUUCUAUUUGCGGGGCGUGGGAGGGGGGGCUGCCAGCUGUCGAGCUCUCUUCUCCUUCAGUUGAGGCGCGCGCUGUUGCACUGGUACUAUCGGCCUUCAACGUCCAGGGCGGCCUAGGUACAUUUCGUGGUGAGGGCGCGCAUGAGGGACGGGCCCGCGCCUUAGUUGCGGAGCUUCACCGCAGCGGCACGGUCAUCGCGGUAGUGUCGGAGCCACGAUUGGCUCCUGGUGGGCUGUGGCCAAGCUGGGCGGGGUACGCCUACCAUGGUGAACGGGGCGCGCUACCGGACACGGUCGCGCUCAUUGUGUUGAACGAAGCUGCACGGGCGGUGGGGGUCUUGGAGGACGUUGGGGAUGCGCGGUCUAUCUGGGCGGCCGUCCCGCUCCAGGGCGAUGGCCGUGGUGGUUUAUUGUUGCUGGGCGUGUAUGGCCCCCCGCCAGGGCACGGCGCCGGGGUCCGCCGGGCGUUCCGGUUGGCUCGGUUGCAGGAGUGGCGGCUCCUACAGCACCGCCCGCGUUUCCGCGGUUGGGCCCUCGUCUUGGCUGGCGACUUCAAUCCGCAUUUCUCCGCUCUCGGGGGCAUAAGUGCGUGCCUCGAGGAACGGCUCGAUCGCGAAGUGUGGGGCUGGUUGCAGGACGGGAACGCCUUUGGUGUUGUUGUCCGCAACCCCGUCGGGGUAGCGACGCGCAGUUCUGGGUCUGUGAUCGACGUCGUUGCGGCCUCCGCUGGUUUGGCGGCCGUUGCGGCGGUGGUGCCAGCAGUCGAGGCCGGUGUGACCAGCGACCACUGCAGGCUCGACCUCUCCGUGGGUGUUACUGUUGGCUGCGUUGGGACGCAAACUCUGUUGCUGGCAAGGUGGGCGCGCGACGCUGACUGGGGCGAGGCCCUGCUACUGCUGGCCGUAUCGCUCCGCUUUCUCACUGGUUGGGCGGGCGCGGCCAUGCCGCCGCGGGGGGUUGGUGCACCGUCGGUCUCGGCUACGGUCGAGUGCGAGGAGUGGCCGGGGGAACUGCAAGCCGUGGCCGCGCUGGCUGCAGCAGACGCCAAUGCGCCGGCGGCGAAAGCCGCCGCGAAGCAUUUGGACCGUUACCUCGAACUUGCAGCAGUGGCGCCGGGCGACGCGGAGGCGUUCUUGAGCCAGACCCUCAACCCGCGCGCGCCCGUCCAACUGGCUUUUCGUGAUCCUCUGUCCGGCGCUUUGCUCGGCGUAGCCGACGCGCUGGGCAUCGUUGCCGCUGACGUCCUGACGCGUGGCCUGGAGGCGGGGGACGGCGACGCGACAUUCAAUCGCGAGGUGGAGCUGGAGGUCGGCCGCAUUCGUCGCGAAGCCAACUUCGAGUCGGCUGCCUUUGGGGACUCGGGCCCGUUCCACCCGGAGGACAUCGACGCAGUCUUGAGGCAGUUGCAG